AUGGAAAGUAACGAAGCAUCUGUAUGUCCACUUUGUCGUCAUGAUAAAAUAAAAAUCUAUGCUGUUGGUGAAUGUUCUCAUCCUGUAUGCCAUUUAUGUUCAACAAAAAUGCGUGUUCUUUGUGAGCAAACGUAUUGUGCGAUUUGUCGACAAGAACUUCCCCGAGUAUAUUUUGUUUCGGAUCUUGCUUUAACUCAACCAACAAUUGAUCAAUCUCGUUUUACACCUAUUGAUGAAACAGGUGAUUGUGGAAUUUAUUAUCCAAUAAAAGCUGAAUGGAUUCGACGUGAAACAGAAAAAUUAUUAAGAAAUUUUUGUCCAUUUUGUUAUUCUGAAUAUGAAACAUUUGAAAUACUACGUGAUCAUGUACGACGUACUCAUCGUUAUUUUUAUUGUGAUUUAUGUGUUGAACAUUUAAAUUUAUUUCCACAUGAAAGAAAAUGUUAUACACGUCAUGAUCUUGUUCAACAUAUACGUUGUGGUGAUCGUGAUGAUACAUCAUUUAAAGGUCAUCCAUUAUGUCGAUUUUGUGAUGAUCAUUUUCUUGAUGUUGAUCAAUUAUAUCAACAUAUGAGAAAAGAACAUUAUUAUUGUCAUUUAUGUACAGAUGAUAAUGUUUAUUAUAGUGACUUUGAUUUACUUCGUGAUCAUUAUCGUUCAAAUCAUUAUUUAUGUGAAAUUGGUCAAUGUAAAGACGUACAAUUUACAAAUGUAUUUUCCUCUGAAAUUGACUUUCGUGCACAUCAAGCAGCACAACAUAGUAAAAAUCGAGCUGAGGCAAGACAAUUAGGUACUAUCCCAGUAGAAUUUCAAAGGACAGGUAUGCGUGAUAGACAACAACAAAAUGAUCCAGCUCGUAGAGGAACGUUCAAAAGUGGUGAAUUUAAGACACAAGGAAAUAAUAAUUCGUCCAGGAAUGACCGUGAUGAUAUUCAACAAGAACCAGCUGUUGCUGUUGCAGUACCUUCCAUUGAUGAAUUUCCAACUUUAGGUGAACGUUCUUCAACUCCACAAAAUGUUUCACAACAACGUGGUGCUUGGUUGAGUGAUUCAUUUAGACGAAUAAAUUCAUCGGGUGAUUUUCCUGCACUUGCUAGUGCAGCUAGUAAUACGUCAAAUACAAAUAUUAGUCAACCUCAUGGAAUUUGGCGAGAACAACAACAACAACAAAUACUAUCAUCAUCGUCUACAAAUUUGAGUGUAACAUCAAAGAAAACACCUCAACCACUAACCAAUGGAACAUCUUCAAUAAAUUUGAAAGAAGAUUUCCCUGCAUUAAAAGGAGCUAGAAAUGCAAAAAUACCUGCACCUGUAUCGAUGUUUUCAGCUUGGUCAACUGCUAAAAAAUCAGCAAAAAAUGCGAAUGCAAAUGCAAAAGCAAAUCAACCACAAAUGCGUUUGAAUACCAAUCGUUUAAUUAAUGAUGAUGACGACGAUGAAUAUAUCAGACGACCAAUGGCUUCUUUAACUAUCAGUACAACACCUGUUGCUUCAUCAAAUAUAAAAAUGAUAUCAUCUUCUAACUUAUCCGGUACUCAGACUAAUGAAAAACAGGAUAAAAAUAAAAAACAAUCCCUUCCAAAAGCUCAAGACUUUCCAGCUCUACCAUCAACAACGACAACACAGAAUAAUGUUAUAUCUUCUAAUGUUUGGGUAACUGAUGGUACAAAUCCAUCGACGAAAUCAUCCACAAAACAACAGAAAAAGAAAAAUGCGGCUUUGAGUAAAAAAAAAUUUAUGGAAGAAGUGCAAACAAUGCCACCUCCACCGUCACUGUCUUCCGCCGAUGAUUUUCCAACUAUUGGUUUAAGUCAACUUGGUCAACGUUUAAUAACUGACGAAAAUCAACCAACUGUAACAACACAAGUAAAAGAAGAGAAACUUCCAUCACCACCACUACCAUCAUCAUCAAUAAAACAAGAAAAAAAAGAUGAAAAUAAAUCAACCGUUCAAUCCAAUAAGAAAGCACCCAUAGUAACAAAAACAAAUGAUUCAAUUAAACAAGAGACUACAUCGACUAAAGACAAAACUCCAGAAAAACCAACAAUUAAUCAAGCAUCAUCACAACCUUUAUUACAAGAUGAAUCUGUUUCUCAAGUAGUACCACCUCCAACAUCUUCUAUUCAAUCUUCGCCUAAUUCUACUACACCACUUGUUGUUCCUCCACCACCACCAGGUUUUACUAUGCCACUUGCUGUUCCUCCACCACCAGGUUUUAAUUCAAUUCCAUCAUCUCAACCCGCUCCACCUUCAUUUAUUUUCACACCAUCUUAUUCAAAACAAAAAGAUGAAUUUCGUACUAAACUUUUUAAUUUAUUCGAUGGUGAUAUGAAUUUAUUUAUGGAAUAUGAUAAAUUUUGUGAAGCAUUUUCUCAAAAUAAAAUAGCAUCAAAAGAUUUUCUAUCAUAUACAACACAAUUAUUUAAAGAUAAAUUUGAUGAAUAUUUAUUUGAAUUAAUUGUUAUUAUGCCAAAUAUUGAACGACAAAAUGAACUUUAUUCAAAUUGGAAAAAAGAUAAUCCAUCAACAUCAUUAUCAUCAUCAGUAACACAAAAUAAAAACAAUUGGACACAGAAAAAUUUUGACGAAAAAAAUAUUCAUACAUGUCAUAUUUGUCAACAAAUUAUGUUUGAAUCUGAUGCUGAUGAACAUAAUUCUUAUCAUACAGAAUUCAAUACACAAUUUCCUUCAUUACCUACAGCUGCUGUUCCGAUCGGUCGAGGAAAAGGAAAGAAAAAGAAAUGA